AGGCUCAUGUACAGAGCGUAGACCUACCAUCUAACAAAGGUGUCAUCCAGCUUAAUGAGGGGAGAACAGUCCAGCAUCUGCACCUUCAUCUCAUUGGAGGGACUGAGCGUGUCCGUCAUCAACCAGAUGUACCACGAGGUGGCAUUGCUGUCUGUGGCCAGCAGUCCUUCAAUGUGGGAAGUUGAGGUCAACAACCGGUGGAAGAUCCUCAACGUGGAGCUAGCAACAUGGCUGGAAGAUCAGUGGAAGAACGAACAGGACCAUGCCAACCUGCAUGACCAGAUAGAGGCUGAUCUGGUGAAGAUGCAGAUGUCUAAGCCGUUCAUGGGCGCCCUGAGACGGACUCAUCCCUGGGGUGUGGUUCCAGUAUCGCCACUCCGAACAUCACAUGAGUGUUUAUGCAAGAGUACAGAGACUGCAGUUGGACAACCAACUGACAGACGCCUACUUCCCCACAGUGCUGAGUCCUGCUCCAAUACCCCCAGUACAUCCUCCGCAAGACAGGGACCAAACCUUUCAUAGAGCUCAGUCUGAUGAGGAGAACGGUCCCUGAACGCAACAUUGAUACUUUCAGGUACUUCAAGGUGCUGAUUCAGGAGUUCAACAUCUGUGUGGACAAGGGCUUCAUGCUGUCUCUUCUUGAUGUGUUCUCCAGCCUUCAGACCACACCACCAGAGAGCCACCAGUUGCACUCAGACUUGCUGGUUGCCCAGAGAUCACUUCAGGAGGUCGCUGUUGUCAUGAUUGCAACCCGGCCACAGAGAGUGUACUUUGAGUUCCUGCAUCUGUCUCCCCUAAAGAUGCGGGUGAGCUUUUCACUGAAUGGAACUCCACACUUGGUGAACCAAAAGGUUUCAACUUUCGCCUCUGACAUUGUGGACUUCUUCCUCAACUCAGUUGGCGCCACUUUCACCGAGAUCAAAGGUGUUGAGCUCAGAAUGGCUUUCUUCCAACGCCGAGGUGCCCUGCUGUCCACCAAUCAGCUGCUAACACAGAUCCGCUCCCACUAUACCCAGCAGGCCUUGCAGCAAGCAUAUGUCCUGGUGCUCGGACUUGAUGUGCUGGGCAACCCAUAUGGUUUAGUGCGGGACUUCACCCAAGGACUGGGAGACUUCUUCUAUGAGCCAUUCCUGGGCUCCAUACAAGGGUCAGAUGAGUUUGCGGAGAGUCUCAGUCGUGGUGUACACAGUCUCAUGGGCAAGACUGUCGGUGGUGCUGCUGGUUCUGUUGCCUUGGUAACAGGAUCUUUAGGCAACGCCCUCGCUGCACUUUCAUUUGACAGUGACUACAAAAGGAAGCGACGUACACGGCUGCAGCAGCAACCACGGAGUCUGCCCGCCACCAUCGUUGUUGCAGGUCGCAGCAUGGUGCUUGGGGUCUGUCUGGGAUUCUCAGGGCUGGUUCUCGACCCAGUCAAAGGAACUCAUGAGGAAGGAGUGGAGGGUUUCUUCAAAGGUGUUGGUAAAGGUAUCCUGGGAUUGCUGACCAAACCCACGGGCGGCAUCAUCGACAUGGUCAGCAUGGCCUUUGAUGGCCUGAGAAGGUCAGCCGAGAUGGAGGAUGGUGUUGUCGCCAGAAUGAGGCUACCUCGCCAUGUCAACCCAGCCAUGGGUCUGAAGCCAUUUUCUCCCUACAAGUCUGUAGGUAACCGCCUGCUGCAUACAAUCUGUAAGGGAGGGUAUGCCAAGUCGGACACGUACUGGACUCAUAUUCCUCUCAGCAAGGAGGAGCGAGCAGACGUACUGAUGAUCACAGACAGACAUCUGCUGGUGCUGGAGAAGCGUCGGUUCUGGGGAGGAUGGGACGUGGAAAUGAAAAUCAUCGUAGAUCACAUCCUUGGUGUACCAGCCAUUGUUGGUGACAAACUUGUCUUCAAAGUUAAACAGAAUGACUCGAGUGUGAACCUGUUUUCGGGGAGUGAGAUGGAGAUACGGAGUCCAGAGCCCGAGAUCCUCACCUGGGUACAGAAGCAGAUAGAGAAUGUCAUUCAGUUCCGUCAGCAGUGACUGAUGUAUCCUGGGCCGUACUGAGCCUCCUUAUGACACCUUGAACUUACUGGACCUGGAACUGCAAACUUUCCAGUUGUAUUUUCAACUUUUCGUGAUAUAAAUAAUGUGCAAUGAUCGUGACCUGUUCUAAGGAGAGAGUGUAUCAGACAAAGACACAUGUAUGUGUUGGUAUCUUUGUGCUACAGUGGGAACCUGACAUGGUAAAGGUUUGAUGAUGUCUGAUGGCAACCUCAGUAGAUGACAUCUGGAAUAUUUGGUCCCCAAUCUACACCAGUCCUUCAGGAGCAGAUGAAGGAAGCAGACCUGUGGUGAGGUCUCCACAGCCACAUACUCCCUUUGUUCCCUGGGACCCAAGAAGGGACCAGGUCCUCUUGUGGUGGAGCCAAGGGGCAGUCCCCACAGCCACCUCCUCUCUGUGUU